AUGGAAAUCAUUACGGAGAGGCUCUACUCGAACCUUUUCCGUUCAUCAACUCUUGUGUCAAGCCCAGUCAUCCCCACUGGCGAAGCUCCACCACGGAUUCUCCCUUCGGAAGUACGAGUCGCUAUCAAGAGCAUGAAACCUGGCACAGCCCCCGGACCUGAUUUUAUAUCAGCAGACUUUCUUCGGGCUGGUGGCCAUCCGCUUUAUGUAAUCUUAGCAGCGCAGCGACAUCCAACCUUCAGAAAAAAAGGAUCCCAGACCAGUGGAAGACCUCGCGAACCGUUCUUAUCCAUAAGAAAGGAGACCGAGAGGACCUUUGGAACUACCGUCCACCAAGAUCAUCCUCAAGCGCAUAUCCAGGACACUGGAUGA